UUUGCUGAGAGCACAGCUCUAGAAUAUUUUCCUUUGCCUUUUAAGGAGGGGGAAGGGUUGAAUAAGGAAGCUGGAGUUGAAAAACUUAGGAGAUACACUAGGCCUUUCCAGAAGGGUUCAGAUUUAAAUGUCAUCAGGUGAGGAACUCUUAGUGGAGGGCAAAAUGAGGGAAAUUUAUGCCAAAUUUAUGCUGUAUAAGUAAUCAAGACAGAGGAGACUUGGAUGAAGUGCUCCUCAGCUCUUCAGAGAAUUGUGUCUGACCCUGUGAAAACUUAGAGAGCAAGAUCUUCCCAGAAAUGAGCAGUGUGAUGUUUGGGAGGACAAAAGGACUUCUGCUACAUUCUUCUUCCUCACCAAUGGAUGCCUUCACUCUGCAAGAAAUCAAGGAGCUCCAUUCCCAUAAGAAGAUUUAUUUCCGAGCCUUUGCUCAAUGCUUUCUCCUAUUGAUAUUGCAGUUUUUAGCCAAACCGGUUAAAGGAUCUCUCCUACAGGAGACAACCCAGAAGUGGUUUGAAUACAAACAAAAGUGUCUGAUAGAAUUAGAAAAGCGACCAUCUGGUGUGUAUUGUAAUGGAACAUUUGACAGAUAUGCGUGCUGGCCUCAUUCACCUCCAGGAAAUGUCUCUAUUCCCUGUCCUUCAUACUUACCUUGGUGGCAAGAAGAAAGCCCAGGAAGAGUAUACAGACAUUGCUUGGCUGGGGGAACUUGGAAGACUCUAGAGAACUCUACAGACAUUUGGCAGUAUGUCACAGAAUGUUCUGAAAACUUCAGCUUCAAACAAAAUGAUGAGCGCUACACAUUGCUUUCAACUUUGCAGAUAAUAUAUACCCUGGGAUAUUCUCUCUCACUUAUUUCCCUCUUCUUAGCUCUUAUCAUUCUCCUGUGUCUCAGAAGAAUUCACUGUACUCGUAACUAUAUCCACAUGAAUUUGUUUGGUUCCUUCAUGCUGCGGGCUCUGUCUAUAUUGAUGAAGGAUAUCAUUAUUCAAGAUUCCUACUCAAAAAGACCAGAUGAUGAAAAUGGAUGGAUGUCCUAUAUGUCAGAGUCUUUAUCUACUUGUCGGACUGCACAAGUUCUUGUGCACUACUUUGUUGGAGCCAAUUAUUCAUGGCUUUUAGUUGAAGGUAUAUAUCUGCACACACUAUUGGGACCUUUGGUGCUAUCACAGAAACGUCUCUUACCCAGAUAUAUUUUGCUAGGCUGGGCAUUUCCUGUUUUGUAUGUUGUCCCUUGGUGUAUUACUCGAGCACAACUGGAGAACACAGGAUGCUGGGGGACAAACAAAAAUAUGAAGAUCUGGUGGAUCAUCAGAGGACCUAUGUUACUUUCAAUUACAGUCAAUUUCUUCAUCUUCCUGAAAAUUCUGAGAUUGCUCAUAUCUAAGCUUAAAGCCCAUCAAAUGUGCUUCAGUGAUUAUAAAUACAGGUUGGCAAGAUCAACACUGGUCCUUAUUCCUUUGCUGGGUGUAUAUGAGGUAAUCUGCUCCUUUGUCACUGAUGAACAAGUUGAAGAUUUUUCAAGACAUAUAAGACUCUUCAUUCAGUUAACAAUGAGCUCCUUCCAUGGGCUUCUUGUGGCCUUCCUCUACUGCUUUGCUAAUGAAGAGGUGAAAGCUGAGCUGAGGAAGCACUGGAUCCGUUUCCUGCUUGCCCAUCACAUCAGUUGUGUAGGCUGUGUUCUAGAGAGAAACUUCAAGUACUUUCAGAAACAUUCUAAGAGUCAGGAAAGCCAGCACUUUGGAUGGAAUCAGGGACCAGGAGAGGAUAGGCCUAGAAGCAAUGGGCAACUUUCACACUUGGCUGGAAAGGACCAAGGGACUUUCAGCUCCCAGCCACACCGAGGUAAAGCGGCCCUUCUUGGGGGCAGCCUGUCUGAAAGCAGUGAAGGUGACUUUACCAUCAUUGAUACAACAGAGGAAAUUCUGGAGGGGAGUGAAAUUUAGAAGCCUUUGUAGAAGAGAAUCUUGAAGAAGAUCUGUUCUUCACUCCUUUAUUUCCUUUCCUUACUUUCCUAAAGUGUAUUUCUGAGAUAGGAAAAUGGAAAAUAGAAAAGAAAAAAACCUAGUGUUGCCAAGUAUAGUACAGCAUACUUUCCCUCAUAAUCACAAUUAAUACUUAGUAUUUAAUGCCUUUGUCUUAAAAAAUUUCCAUGUACAUUAUAGACACAAUUCUGUUCAUCUCUACACAAACCUGGCCUUCUCAAUCUGUAAUGAUAUAUAGGACUAUCUCCUGACUGCACACUUUUCAGAUAUGAAUAUGGGAUAUGAGCCCUCAGUUGGAAUUCAAGGCUGGUGUGUCAAUAAGAAGAGAAAACUUUGAAUAUGGAAAAGUAGAUAUGAAAAAAAUUCUUUUUAAUUAUAUUCCCUUUGUUUUUCCUACAAUUAACAACCUGGUCACUUGAAGGAGAGGAAGAGGCACAAGAAGAAAGAUAGGAAUGAAAAAUAAUGUGAGUGGGAAGGAGGAUGAAGGGGAGAGUAAGAGAGAGACAGAUACAGAGAGACAGAGACAGAGGGAGAGACAGACAGAGACAGUGAAAGAGAGAUUUUUCUGCCAUUUUUUUCUUUGAUUGCCAGUUUCUCAUUCAUAAAUUUUGAUUGCUCCUCCAACUCUCCAGAUCUCAAGACAGAUCCUUCUAGGUUCCAGAUGCCAUUGGGCCGUCAAUUCUUCUAAAGAAAGAAACAUGUUUAUCUUCAAUGAGAAACUUAACAAGUAUCAGCAAAACAAAUCACAAAGCAAAAGCAGUCUAAAACAGAGGCUUUUAACUUUUGUUGUGUUGUGACACUAACAAAAGUUAGUGUUACAGACACCUUAAAUAGUUUAAUGAAGUCUGUGCUCAAAAGUCCUAGAAUAAUAUUUUUAAGCACAUAACAUAAAGUAGAUAAGAUUUAAAAAAGGAAACCAAUUAUUUGGACAUACAAUUAUCAAAUUUAAAAAGAAACUUCAUAGACCCUAGGCAACGAACCCAUAGUCUAUUUUUUUUUUAAAAUAACUUUUUAUUGACAGAACCCAUGCCAGGAAAAUUUUUUAUAACAUUAUCCCUUGCACUCACUUCUGUUCCAAUUUUUCCCCUCCCUCCCUCCACCCUCUCCCCCAGAUGGCAAGUAGUCCUCUACAUAUUAAAUAGAACCCAUACUCUAGAACAGGGAUAGGGAACAUCUGGCCUGUGAGCCAUAUAAGGCCCAUGAAAUCAUUUGCUAAGGCAACCUCAGGUGAUGAUGAGCUGAACGCCAGGAAUCUCCUACUGCUUGUGUUCUGUAAGCUGAUAAUUUGGCUUACAAAAGAUGUUAUAAAUAUUGAAAUGGCCUUUCACAGAAAAAGGUUCCCCAUCCCUGAUCUAGAGGAUCAAAAUGUUCAUGUUGUUUUGAUCUUUCUACUAAAUUUUCAAACAACAUUGCUUUGGAUUUCUCAUUUUCAAAGUUCCUUCAAAAAAACCAAUAUUGUGAACUUGGAGUCAAUGGAUUUGAGUUCAAAUUCCACUUUGAUUAGGUAACAGACAUAUAUGCUUUAGCUCAUCAAUUCCAGACAUUUGGAAUAUUGUGAAUCUAGUAGAGAAAAUUCCCCAGUGUUUCUAAAGCAUGACUAUAAAAUAAUCAGGCCAAAACUUAUGUGGCAUUGAUUAAGUUAUUUCAGUGGACCUCAGUUUACUUUUCAGUAAAGUAAAGGAGAUGUUCUACAGAACACUGGGAUUCUACUGGGGUUCUUAGAAGAGAUUAAACAGCAGUUUAAAAACUGCUUUGCUAUUAUACAUAAUCAUUUGUAAUGUGCUCAAUUCAGCUUAAAGAGAGAACCAAUGUAACUGAAAAAUUACCUUCUUAUUGAUCUCAAAUUAAUCAUUGAAGACAUUCCUAGUUUGGGAUAUGCCAAAUAUUGGCUGUCAUAUUAUUUUAUGUAUAUUUUGCCAGGAUAGAUUGAUAAUCAAGGAUGAUCAGGACUGAUAAAAGACAAUUGAAUUUAGAGAUUCGAGAUUGUUGGCAACUUUAGAGAGAAUUGUUUGAACAGGAAAAGGAGUCAGAAACCUGAUUAAUUAGAAGUUAAGGAAUGAGUGGAUGGUGAGAAGUGGAGACAACAAGAAUGGAAAAUUCUAAGAACUUAAGAGUGAAAAGAGGAGAGAUUAUAUAGAAUGAUUAUACAGCUUGAGGAGAUGACAGACUGAUAGGAAGAUUUAUAAAGAUGGGAAAAAACAGGAAUUCUUAUAGGUGGCAGGGGAAGUAUCAGAAAGGGAGAAUCGUCAAAUUGGAAAGAUGAAGGGGAAUGAUGAAGGGAGCAAGUUCCUGGAAAGAACUUGUGUCAGCAAGAGAGGGAAAGAUAAGUAAAAGUGAAAAUCUAGGAUUCUUAACUUUUUUGUUUGUUUGUUUUAUAGAUUCUUUAACAAUUGGCUAAAAACUAUUCCCUUCCCAAAAUAAUGUUUUUAAGUACAUAAAACAGAAUACAAAGAAUUACAAAGGAAACUAAAAGUUAAUGAACUGAACAUAUAUUUUUCCCAUCAAAGUUCACAGAUCCCAUGAAAUCUAUCCAUGGCUCCCCAAUAUGACUGAAGAUAAAGACAUUUUGAAGGAUGAUGAUAUGAUAAAUUUGAGAAUUACUAAAAUCAAGAUGGAUGAUUUUGAUUUUUAUAGGAUCAUAAAUUCUGGACUAGAAGGGAGCUUAAAAGAUACCUAAUCCCUUUAUUUUGUUAAUGGAAAAACAAAGGCAACAAAAGGUUAAAUUCUUUGCCCAAGAUUAUAUAAGUGAUAGAUGGUCAUAAUGGAUAGUCUUUAUUUUUUCAGCAAAGUGAAAAGGGAAAGUCAUCUGCUUAGAAUAGAAGAUGGAGUUGCUUAGAUGGACUUGAGAAGAGAGGAGGUGAUUCAGAACUGCACCCAUAGGUAUUAUGAUAGAAAGUUAAUUGAGAAAGAGUAGGAAAGGAUUGCCACUCAGAAAGAAAGGUCUAUUAGUGAUUAGCUAAGCAUGAAUUUUUAGCAGAUAUUAAGAUGAUCAUAUAAACAGUGAUGAAUGAUGAUAGGAGUAACUCAAGAUUUAGUAGGGUUAAGAACAAUAAUAGGUGAUAAAAGCAAAAACACAGGAAGAGAAAACAAUGAAUAGCUGAAAUACAAAAAUAGGAAAAGAAAGCCAGAACAGGGGUGAUGAAUUUGAAGAACAAAAUAAAACGUGAGGUCAAAGUGAAGACGAAUAAGUUUAGGAGGAAUGGAAUAAAGUGAGAGAUGGGAGAUAAUGAUUGUAAAAAAAGAAGGUGAAAUAGAUGGUGGUGAUAUCUGAGAGUUAGAUGUAUAAUAGAUUGAAGAUAUCAAUCAUUAGGUAUGAAGAGGUUGAUGAACUGUGAGGCCGAUGCUCAAGGGAACCUCAUAAUACAUAAUGAAUUCAUCUUAUUUUUAUCCCCAAAUUAAUAAACACUUGACAAAAAAUAAGCAUUUCCUUAUACAUUACAAAACAAAUGGAGGGUGUUGUAUAUGCACAUUAACUUUACCUUUCUUUUUAAAUAAAUGAAUUCAACAUGUAACUUUCAAAACUGUGCUGCUUUUCUGUGAUUCCUUCUUUUUCCUGUUCCUCUCUUUUUUGGAUUGCAGUGGGGAGUAGAAUGGAAAGAGGAACAUUUUUUCAUCUCACCCUCUUCUUACUGAAAAUUUUUAGAAUAUUAACCAAAGUCUUAUAAAAAUAUGCAGAGUCAAGUUAUCAAGACUAUGGAAGUCAUUAUCCCAAUGAUCAUUUUCACUGGCAAGAUCUCCCCUUCAGCAUUCUAAGGGUAACACCAAGGGUUUGUGUGAUUCUUCUUUAAUACUAUUCACUCAUUUCAUUUUUUAUUUCAGUGUUCUUCUCAAUCUCAUCAACAAUAGUUAUCUAACAUCAUUAACAAUCAAUUAACACUAAUUUGCUUUUUUUUUAAAUAGGUUUUAAAUUGAUGUAUUUUUAUAUCACCAUACUUUCCCACACUGUUUCCCUCUUUAUCCCCCAAAGAACUAUUCCAUAUAACAGACAAUAAUAAGGUGACUCAGGAUUUUUAAGCUUCCUGGGGGCUUCUUUGGUUAGUACAUUGGGGAGAAUACUAAAUUCCUUAUACCCUCCCAUCUAUUCUUAUACCUAAUUGGCUAACAAAGAGUCUGUUAGUACUUGUAUGUUCUGUAUACAUGAAGAACUUUUUAUUUGUUAAUAAACCUGAUUUUUAAACACAAUGUAAAAGUAAAA